UGCGCACUCGGCCGCCUCUUGUGCGCAUCGCGGUCUGAGCUGCCUUCUCGCCUCCGCUGCUCCGGAGCCAAGCCCUGCACCCGCGGCUGCUGAACCCCGGUAGGACGAGCUCUCCUGUGCUGUCUACACCCGCGCCCCUUCCCACUGCACAGGUCAGGGAAGGUGACUAGGGCGCCUGACCUGGGACAAGAGGCAAACGGGGUCUAGAAGAUGAACAGACCAGCCAUUUUCCACUGACUGGCAGGGAUGGCAUUCACUGAUAGAGUCCAAAGCAGUGGCAGCAGCUUGUACAAUGAAGACAGAAACCUGCUUCGAAUUAGAGAGAAAGAGAGACGCAACCAGGAAGCUCACCAAGAGAAGGAGACAUUUCCUGAAAAAAUCCCCCUUUUUGGAGAACCUUACAAGACAGCAAAAGGUGAUGAGCUGUCCAGUCGGAUACAGAACAUGUUGGGAAAUUAUGAAGAAGUGAAGGAGUUCCUUAGUACCAAGUCCCACCCUCAGUGCUUGGAUGCUUCUGAAAAUAGGUUGGGAAAACCAAGAUAUUCUUUAUUUCCUGACAAGGGGAGCAGCAUUCCAUCCAACUCCUUCCAUACCAGUAUCCACCACCAGCCCAUUUACACUCCCGCCUCGGGACCACUUCCUGUUGGUAACAUUAGCCACAAUCCAAAGAUAGCACAGCCAAGAAUGGAACCAUUGCCAAGUCUCCAUGCCAAAAACUAUGGCCCACCAGACAGCCAGCACCUGAUCCAGGACCGUCUUGGACAGGAGGGAUACAGCUCUAGUCAUCACAAAAAAGGUGAUCAUAGAGCUGAUGGAGACCAUUGUGCUUUAACAAUAGACUCGGCUCCAGCAAGGGAGCUCUCUCCCUUGAUUUCUUCUUUGCCUUCCCCAGUGCCCCCUUUGUCACCUAUACAUUCCAACCAGCAAACUCUUCCCAGGAUGCAAGGAAGCAGCAAGGUUCACAGUAGUAGCAAUAACAAUAAAGGCUACUGCCCAACCAAGUCUCCCAAGGACCUGGCGGUGAAGGUUCAUGAUAAUGAGACCCCUCAAGACAGUUUGGUGGCAGUUGUCAGCCAUGGGGUAGCCCCUCCCCAGCCACCUUCUCAGACAUUUCCACCCCCCUCCCUCCCCUCAAAAAGUGUUGCAAUGCAGCAGAAGCCCACAGCUUAUGUGAGGCCCAUGGAUGGUCAAGAUCAGGCUCCAAGUGAGUCCCCUGAGCUGAAACCACUGCCGGAGGAGUACCGGCAACAGAACUUUGAAAGAACAGACUCAAAAGUGCCUGCUGAAGCCAAGCUCACCAAACUGAAGAUGCCUUCGCAGACAGCUGAGCAGACGUACUCCAAUGAAGUCCAUUGUGUUGAAGAAAUUCUAAAGGAAAUGACCCAUUCAUGGCCUCCUCCUUUGACAGCAAUACAUACGCCUAGUACAGCUGAGCCAUCCAAGUUUCCUUUCCCUACAAAGGAUUCUCAGCAUAUCAGUUCUGCAACCCAAAACCAAAAACAAUAUGAUGCACCUUCAAAAACUCACCCUAAUUCUCAGCAAGGAACAUCCAUGCUUGAAGAUGACCUUCAGCUCAGUGACAGUGAGGACAGUGAUAAUGAACAAACUCCAGAGAAGCCUCCUUCCUCAUCUGCACCUCCAAGUGCUCCACAGUCGCUUCCAGAACCAGUGGCAUCAGCACAUUCCAGUAGUGCAGAGUCCGAGAGCACCAGUGACUCAGACAGCUCCUCAGACUCGGAGAGUGAGAGCAGUUCAAGUGACAGCGAGGAGAAUGAGCCCCUAGAAACCCCAGCUCCUGAGCCUGAACCUCCAACAACAAACAAAUGGCAGUUGGACAACUGGCUGACCAAAGUCAGCCAGCCUGUGGUGCCUUCCGAGGCCCUGGGGAACACAGAGCUCCCCCGUCGGCGCCAGGAAAGCAAGGGUGGCAGCGAGAGCACCGCAAGUCAAGAGCAUUCUGAGUCCAAAGAUCCUCCCCCGAAGAGCUCCAGCAAAGUCCCCCGGGUCCCUUCUGAAGGCCCCCACCCUGGAAAGAGAACCUGUCAGAAGUCCCCUGCACAACAGGAACCCCCACCUAGGCAAACUGUUGGAACCAAACAACCCAAAAAACCUGUCAAGGCCUCUGCCCAGGCAGAUUCUCGGGCCAGCUUGCAGGUGGAAAGUGAGCCAGGACUCCUUCCCUAUGGCUCAAAGGACCAGACCUCCAAAGAUAAGCCCAAGGUGAAGACGAAAGGCAGGCCCCGGGCUGGGGGCAGCAGAGAGCCCAAGCCUGCAGUGCCAGUCCCCAGUGAGAAGAAGAAGCACAAGAGCUCCCCGGCACCCCCCUCCAAGGCGCUCUCAGGCCCAGAACCCACGAAGGACAGUGUGGGAGACAGGAGCCCUGAGCACUUUGCUCUUGUCCCCCUGACUCAGAGCCAGGGCCCGCCCCAUAGUGGUGGUGGUGGCAGGACUAGCGGCUGCAGGCAAGCAGUGGUGGUCCAGGAGGACAGCCGCAAAGACAGACUCCCAUUGCCUUUGAGAGACACCAAGUUGCUCUCACCGCUCAGGGACACUCCUACCCCACAGAGCUUGAUGGUGAAGAUAACCCUAGAUCUUCUCACUCGGAUUCCCCAGCCACCCGGGAGGGGGAGCCGCCCAAAGAAACCGGAAGAUAAACAGCUGCCUGUAGGGAAGAAGCAGGACUCUGAGAAGAGAAGCUCAGACAACUCCAGCAAGUUGUCCAAAAAGAGAAAGAGCGAAACAGAAAGAGACUAUGAUAACAAAAAAAUCAGACUGGAGAAAGAAGCCAAAUCACAGUCCUCUUCAUCCUCAUCCUCCCACAAAGAAUCUUCUAAAACAAAGACACCUAGGCCCUCCUCAGAGCCCGCAAAACAGGAAAUGCUUCCCCCUCCACCUGUGUCGUCCUCAUCCUCGUCCUCCCAAAAACCAGCCAAGCCAGCACACAAGAGGUCAAGGCAGGAAGCAGACAUUUGUGGCCACGACCCUCCCAAAAGUGCCAGUAGUACCAAGAGCAACCAUAAAGACCCUUCCGCUUCAAAGCACAGAAAAGUACAGGGGAAAGGCUCUGGAAGCUCCGCUGAACACAAAGGAUCUUCUGGAGACACUGCAAAUCCUUUUCCAGUGCCUUUUUUGCCAAAUGGUAACUCUAAACCAGGGAAGCCUCAAGUGAAGUUUGACAAACAGCAAGCUGAUUUUCACAUGAGGGAAGCCAAAAAGUUGAAGUGCAAAGCAGAGUCAAUGACGGACAAGGUUGGAAAGGCCUUCAAGUACUUGGAAGCCAUCCUGUCCUUUAUCGAGUGUGGGAUUGCCAUGGAGUCUGAGAGUCCGGCCUCCAAGUCCGCUUAUUCAGUGUACUCAGAAACUGUAGAUCUCAUUAAAUUCACAAUGUCAUUAAAAUCAUUCUCAGAUGCCACAGCACCAACACAAGAGAAAAUAUUUGCUGUUUUAUGCAUGCGUUGCCAGUCCCUUUUGAACAUGGCAAUGUUUCGUUGUAAAAAAGACGUAGCAAUAAAGUAUUCCCGUACUCUUAAUGAACACUUCAAGAGUUCUUCCAAAGUGGCCCAGGCCCCUUCUCCAUGCAUUGCAAGAAGCACAGGCACACCAUCCCCUCUGUCCCCAAUGCCUUCUCCUGCCAGCUCUGCAGGGUCCCAGUCAAGUGCUGGCAGUAUGGGGAGCAGUGGAAUGACUGCCACAAUCAGUACUCCAGUCACCAUCCAGAACAUGACCUCUUCCUAUGUCACCAUCACGUCCCACGUCCUUACCGCCUUUGAUCUUUGGGAACAGGCUGAAGUCCUUGCAAGGAAGAAUAAAGAAUUCUUUGCUCAACUCAGCACAAAAGUAUGCACCUUGGCCCUCAACAGCAGUCUGGUGGACCUGGUGCACUAUAUAAGACAGGGUUUUCAGCGGCUCAAACAAGUAACCAAAACACCUUAAUGGAAACCCAAGUUGACUCCAUGCCUUGGGGACUUUUUUUUUUUUUUUUUUUUUUUUUGCACAUUGGAAGCGUAAAAAACAGUCUCGACAUUUGUCUCAUCAGGAUAUCAAACUCAAGAAGAGAAGCAGCAUAAGAUGGCCAGGAGGUUUGUCCACAUAAACUCUCAAGAGUCGUGUUAUCAUUGGGUGGACACUAUGGUUACACAGAAGCAGAGAUGGAGGUCAGCCCCAGAGAUGAUCUUGCCUUUCCUAACUACAGGAUAAAAGUGCAAUGUAGCCUAAUGGGCAUGUGAAUGGUCUAGAAACAUUUCUGUGGUCUUUUGUUUUUGUUUUUUAACCAGUAGGAUGGAUGUAAGCUGCAAGUGAAAUGAGGAACAAUGUCAAUUCUGAAAGCAAAUUCACAUCAUCUCAGUAACCAUACUAAGUCCAUUCACAGAAGAAAAUUUUUUUAAACAUUGAUUUUUGGUGAAGGGUUUUGUGGAUGAUUUGUUUUAAAAAAAUUUAAGUUCUGAGGGAAACUUGUUUAACAGAUUCUAAUGGCCAUCUGUAAAAUGUAAGUUGUGAAGGACUCCACUGUACCCCACUUUCUGCCAGUGAACAGUGACUUUGAUAAUACCAAGUAUUGUCAUAGUGUAUGAAACUGAAGGCAACCCCCUCCCAUUGCCCUGUGUACUGCGCGUUCACCCCAGCUCAGAUUCCUGACUGUGCUGAAAUGAACCCACGAUCCACGUCACGCAACGGAGGAAGAACAAGUGCGCAUGGGAGCCACCUCGAGAGUCACUUGAGGCUGACUCCUGGAGGACUUGGCGCUGCCAUCCCCACUCUUGUUUCCUUGAAGGGUUCUAGCUAACAAGGUGGUCUCCAUUGAUCAAAUUCUGUAUUUCCUAACUUGGGGAAGAAGGGAACAACAUUUAUACCUGACCAGAUGGCUAACGUGCUUUUUGAUUCUUGUUUUAAGUAGAGAUGGAAUUUGAGGUGCUGAUCGGUGGUCUACAGCUAUGUGGUAACUCAUGUCUAAUCAAUUCAGUUUUGUCAGUGAAGAAAAAUGAUAUCUACUUCGUAGAGAGGCUAUAUUUUUCUGCUACAAAUUAUUUUAUAUUUAUAGCAAAACUAAACUUUGUGAGCCCUUGAUUGCCUAGGGGAAAUUGACUCCCUGAGAGAAUGUGGAGAUGUGGGGAUUAAGUAGAUUUCUAAAAAAAUUGUCACCACAUGCCUUCACUCCAGAGUGUUCUCAGACAACUAGAUUUGAAUAGGUUGAAGAGGGAACUGUGGCCUUCCUCUAAGUUAAUGUCAUACUGUCUGCAUUAAACCAGGUUCGUUUUGAAUGGCCUAAAAUGAAAGAACACAAUCAGAAUUCCCACAUGCCCACAAGCACAGAUUGCUUUUUGAAAUUUUGAAGGUUGUUAUUGGAAAUACUCUUUUGAGUGCAGUGUUUUUAAAAACCAGUUCUUUUUUAUCCCUUUUAGAAAGUAGAAUUUGCUCAUGUGUUAAAAUUGAGGAGUGAGCUUCAUCUGUGCAACUAAUUGGUUUCCUUUUCUCCCCUGUUACCCUGUUCUGCACCUCUACACAUUGUUCCCUACCAAGCACGUUUCAUGUUUUUUGUAUUUAUUAGUGAAGGGAGAACCAUUUUUAUUUAUAGUGAAGACGCCCAAGGUCUCUCUGAUGAAUACUAGGACUUUCUGGUUUCAUAAACAUGUAAAGGGAUGUGUAGAUGCUGGAGCCAUGCUGACUUUUCAGUUUAAAAUUGUGUGAAGCUGCCCCCUGGUCUCUCCUCCAGCCUGUUCUUUGAUUGCUAACUAGGUUAAAGCCAGAGAAUGACAGUGGAGUUAAUAUCUGAGCGUUAAACCUUGAUGUGUGAUGUGUGAUCCUGACGAAGCAGUUUCCUUUACUGAUGUUCUGAAGCAAAGCUAUUGUUUUUUUAAACUACUAGAGAGCCUGUUGUUAUAUGGACAAUAAUUGCCUGGUAGGUUGUAAGGCCUGGCAUUGUGUUUCCUCCUUGUAUGGAGGGGACAAGGCACUAGAAUCAGCAAGAUCACUUAAAAUCCUUCUGUCUUAACUCCCCUUCCCCAUCUGCUGUGUCAAGCCACCUGUCAAUGGUGAAGGGUUCUGUUCUUUAUGACAGGUUCUGAUCUAUGCGGGUUGUACCAGAG